AUGCCUGUCAGCCCAUCCAUCGUUCGCAUGGCUAAAACAGCCGCUGCUACAGUGCAUCCCCAUCUACAAUACCUGGUUGUGAUCUGCGGUCCCCCACAUGGAGAUCGAGCAGCUGUGCCUGCAGUUCCGAUCUCGCCUGCCCAUCAGACAUUCACCGGGCAGACUCUACACGCACCUCGGCAGAAUACUUCAAAUGAAUUGCAUCAGAAGCUCCCAGCGAAGCGUGGCAACAUGAUUGCCCUCCGUGCAACAAGCCGCGAGGUAGUCCAGGAGCAGUUGCGCAACCACUCGUACGCACAGGGGAUCUAG